AGAGAGCAAGAACGAAGAUUGGUGCAGAUUAAUAUGAACUUAUUUUAUUUCGUUAGGUUCUCAUCAGCUGCUUGCAACUUAUACAUACGAGGGUGAUGAAAGAUGAAUAUAUGUAUCAUGAUGUAGCGAAGACUUCAAGAGUUAAUAAGGUUAAGAUAAUAACGGGAACUAUGUGUAAGAGAUUUUUCAUUUAGCUAGAUCUGGCGUUUGUGACUUAAGAAUGAAAACCACAUUUUUGAAGUAAUUUUAGGGUUAUUUUGUUACCUUUCAUCUUAACUGGUUGUUAAUAUCAUGGUUUAGACUUUUAAAAUACCACAAAAAGUAGCAAGUGUCUAGAAGACGGUGAAUGAGCUGGAACAAUUGAUUUUAAUAUGUGAUUUCCAACAGAUUUAUAUCUUCAUUAACAACUUAAAACAAUUUCAGUAAUGUGAUCAGUUAAAGAUUUAGUAUCACUUAAGCUACUGUGUUGGAACAUACAAUUAUCGUAGUUUUUUUCAUUUAAAGAAUUUGAAUGAUUCAGAGGACAACUAGAGUGCUGAAGACAUUACGAUUUGAAUUUCGUUUCAAAAAUAACCAUCUAACUGGGUUUUCGCAGUAUAGUCAGAUCAAAACAAGUUUACGUAGAUCUAUUAACUUUUCCUAUCCAAACCAGAUAGAAGAAUUAUCGUUUCGUUUUCAUUUUAAAUGUUUUGUAUUUCAAAGAACACGUAGGCACUUUUUGUUAUUGCUAUGUUCAAAAUUAGUCUCAGUUUAUUUGAUAGUGAAUCAAUAAUUCUGGAGAUAAACAUGCUUUACUGAAGAAUUAGCACAUGUAUGCUGGAUGGAGGCAUUUAUGUGUCAACUGGUUCUGUAAUAAAUGCACAAACUGGACCGAGUGCUUUUCUUGCUUAUAUUAUAGCUACUUUUGUAGCAAUAUUAAAUUCUCUGAUAUAUUCAGAAUUAGCAUGUUAUGUUCCAAAAGAUGUUGCAUGUUACGGACAUGCACACAGCAUUCUUGGUGAACUCCCAGCAUUCAUAACUGCAUGGUCAACGUUUAUUGAUUACAUACUAAGUGCAUCACUAGUUGCACGUAGUUGGAGCAACAUAAUCGACACUUUUUCAGGAAACAGGAUAAGUUCGUGGAUAAUAAUUACAUUUGGAAGAUUAUCAUCUCCAGAUGGAUUGUUGUCAGAAUAUCCUGAUUUCCUCAGUACGAUAGUGAUUCUUAUUUUUGGCAUUUGUUGUUGUUUUGGACUACGUAAAAAUUUAGCUUUGACCGUGAUCUCAAGUGCCGUUAACGUUGGAGCAUUAUUGAUAGCUACUAUCUAUAUGUUUAUUCAUGCUAAAACAAACCAUUAUUCCAUAAUAUAUCCUGGGAUUACAACAAAUAUUAAAUAUUUUCUACCUUAUGGGAUUCUCGGUUUAUUAAGUGCAACAACAAUUAGUUUCAAUGCUUUCGUUAGAUCCAGUGCACCAUCAUCACGUGCACAAGAAGUUAAACGUCCUCCUUAUAGCCUACCUGCAGCCAGUGUAACCAGCAUACUCAUCGUGGGACUCGUCACUACAUUAUCUGCAUUAGCACUGACAUUAUAUUAUCCAUGGUUUUAUGUCGACGCAGAAAAUGCAUUUUUAAAUGCAUUGAAAGAUAACAAAGAAUCUACUGGUGCAAACUUUGGAAGAGUAUUCAUGUUUUGUUUAGUUGGCAGUGGGUUUGUACUUGGAUUACUCACCAGUUUGAUAUCACCAAUGUUGGCCAGUAUAAAUAUUUGUUUAGCUAUGGUCCAUGAUGGUUUUAUGCCAUUCAUGUUUUCUCGUGUUUGCCGACCCUUCAAGAGACCACUAAUGACGACAAUAUUCAUUAUAAUUUUCACAUGUUUGUUUAGUACAAUAUUUACUGUACAAAGUUUGGCAAGUUUUUUAAGUUUAGGCACAUUAAUUGCCUAUUGUAUUAGUGCUAUCAGUGUCUUAUUUCUACGUUAUCGAUCACAGACAAAUGAUCCUGAAGAUAUAAAUGAAUAUGAUAAUGCUAAUUGUAAAGGUUUUGAAAACUAUCAGAAUGCAUAUUACAGUAAGCGAAUUGGUCAACCAGGAUUCAUUAAAAAGAAAAUUGGUUUCCGUUUAUCUGAUCGUAUGUUAAAAUUUAUCAAUUCUGGUGUUCCUGGUAGUAUGGUUGUUUUUUUGAUAUCUAUUUAUGUAAUAUUGAGUAUUGCAUUGGUUGGAUGUUUGACCUUUGGAGUAUCUGGUAGAAUAGCAUCAUUUACGAAGAUCAUUGCUACUGUACUUACUAUUUUACUACUCAUGUUAACUAUCAUUUUCAUCAGUUUUAUUAAACAGUUCAAGUCAAAUGAUGCUAAUUUAUAUCGAGUUCCGUUGGUUCCACUGCUUCCUUGUUUUACAUUGACGAUAAAUCUACUCCUUCUUUCUCGAAUUUCAUGGUUUAGUUGGGUUCGUUAUGGUAUUUGGAUGUUACUCGGUUUAUUAAUAUAUUUCUUAUAUGGAAUUAAAAAUACUGAUCGAAUAUCAGAAGAAAAUAACAGUGUAAUUUCAUCAAAUUGUCUUAGUGAUAUAGAAUAUGAAAAGAAAUCAUCAAAAAGUAAUUCAUCAACAGAUGAAUCAAUAGAAUUUGUUGAUCCAAUCAGAUUUUGAUCAAAUGAUUUUCAAUAUUAAUUGACAUGAAUUAAAAUUAGAGAACACAAAAAAAAUUUUUUUUUAUUUUCUAACAUCAUAUGAUUGAUUAAAUGAGAAACAGCAACAACAACAAAAAAAACAAAAAAAAAUUAGAGACAGAGAGAGAACUCAUGUUACAUUACAUAGAUACAUAUAGUUCUUUCAAUCAUUUAAGAAGAGAAUAAGAAUAAAGAUUAUAACAGAAUAGUAUGAAUUCAUUUUAUUUAUUUAUUUCAAUAGAAUUCUGAUAUCAUAUAUGUAACAUUUUAUAUUAAAAAAACAAGAGACAAUAUCAUUUAUUAUAAAGAUUUUUGAUUAAAUUGUAACUUUCUUAUUUAAACAAAUCCGUAUCAAGUAAUUUCUUCAUAAUCUAAUGUUGAAUAUUUGUGGAAAUAACGUCUGAAUGAUAGCGAAGACAGAGUUAAAAAAACGUUUGAUUGAUAAGUGGAUAUAUAUGAUUGAAAAGUACUAAUAUUAGAAACUACUUCUGUAUCAGUAGGCUUCAACGUACAUAAAAGAAAAAGCAGAUUCUCAAUUACAACACAGAGAGAAUACCAAGCAAACCAAUCACCUUUGAUUGAGAAACUCUGGAAGAUGUGGAAUGAUUCACCUACCUGGGAAACAUCAUCAAUAAACAAUGAGGAUCAGAUGCAGACUUAAAGGCGAAGAUUAGCAAAGCAAGUGCCAUAUCCCUACAAUUGAAGAAUAUAUGGAACUCAGAAUAACUGUCAACCAGUAUCAAAGUCAAAAUCUUCAAUACCAACGUCAAGACAGUCUUAAUGUGUGCAUUUGAAACUUCCAGAACUACUAUAACCAUCAUCAAGAAGGUAAAAGUAUCUAUAAGCAGUUAUCUACUCAAUAUACUCAGCGUACAUUGGUCGGAUACCAUCAGCAAC